ACGACUUAAAAAUCUAAAGGCCUUCUCUUGGGUUUGUCUCGUACAGAUUCCGGGAAACACAGGAUGCACCGCUCGCACUUGUGCUGCGACAAAUGUCAAAUUGCACUUAGUUGAGCCAUUAGGGUUCCAGAUUGACGAUGCAAAGGUAAAGCGAGCUGGACUCGAUUACUGGCCAUAUGUGGUUGUAAAAGUGCAUAGUUCAUGGUCAGAGUUUCGAGAAUACUUCAAGAAACAGGAUGGUGAACAGAGGUUAUUAGCAUUUACAAAGAGAGGGACACAUACCCAUUCAGAAUUUACGUAUAGGAAGGGCGAUUGGCUUGUAUUCGGCUCGGAAACUAGUGGAUUACCGCCCGAUGCACUGCUCGACUGUGAGAGCAAAUCGCUAGGUGGCGGUACGAUUCGAAUUCCAAUGGUUGAAACAUACGUUAGGUGUCUGAAUCUAUCUGUGAGCGUCGGCAUUGCUUUGUACGAAGCUUCUAGACAGCUCAACUACGAGCAGCUUCUAGAAGACUCGUCUGAACCUUGUAUCGAUAGUGAGGCAUCUUUUUUAACUGAAGACAUUUUUGCCUGAGUCAGUUAGUUUUUUUAUUUGUACCCAAAAAAAAAAGGGAAUAUUCUUUAUUUUAUUUAUUACAUGUUUGAGUACACCUGAAAAUUUUGCAGAAAAUCUGGUUUCUAUGUUGACAA